AUGGACGAAAAGGAAUGUGUUGCCGAAUUGGUCGAUGUGUUGAGUCAGCUUAGCAGCAACAGAGAGGAAGCAAUGGAUCGCUACGAAAGACAGGUGUUCACGUUUAUAAGAAACAUAAAGCCUGAAACCCUCGACUCCCUUAAUCUUGAGAGCGAGCUUGAGAGGAUUGCAGCAUACCCUGUAAUCCUUGGAGCUCUUUUCAUGAGAAAGGAGUUUAAGAAGAUCGAUAAGAUAGUCAAUGAAAACCUGCUGUCCCAUCUUAUUGGGAAAAAGAGGGUUUACGACUAUUUUGUUGGCCUUAUUGUGAAGUUCCUUUACCUUGCAAGGAAGAACGAGUGCCAGGACAAUUCUGCCCUCUUCAGCCUUCUUGUUACAAACAAGGAGCUUGGGAACGAAUAUACAGUUUCGGUGAUAACCAACUGCCUCCUGGAUAUGCUUAUUGGGAACAAAAUAUUCCAAAGGAUUGAUAAUUCCAUUGUAACAACCUCUGAGCAGGCAAGAUACAACUAUUACAACGGAAUAAUAUUCAUGGUGGAAGGAGACUACGAGUCGGCUCUAAAAUGCUUCCAUACAUGUGUUAUCCUCUCGACCAACCGUGAUUUGGUUCUGGGCGCUGAAAAGCGUGUUAUCUUGUGUAUGCUGCUCAGUAGUGACUACAGUAUUCCGUAUCCUUGCAAGCCCAGCCUUAGAAUAUACUUUAAGCUUGCAUCCGCCGUGAAAAGGGCCGAUAUAAAAAAAUUCGAGGAGACUUUGGAGAGUAAUAAGGACGAGCUGAUGUCCCAGGGCCUAUACUUUGUUGCAAAAAGACUGUCUCAAAACGUCAUCCAGGAAGGAAUAAGGAAGAUAAGUGUUGUGUACUCUCGAAUAUCCUACGAGGACAUAGCACAUAUCUUAGGCAUUAACUCCGGGGAAGUUGAGUACCUGGUCAAGAGGACAAUUCGAAAAGGGUUGAUAAAAGGGAAAGUUGCCGAUGGAAUCUUCUAUUCUUUGAGAGAAGAUAAAUCUAAGACCGAUAUAGGUAUAGGCAUCAGGGAUUGUAUACAAUUGGCAAAUUACAUCCAGGAGCAUAUGAGAUAUCCUGCCAUCGAGCCUUUGUGCUAUGAAAAAGUCAGAAAAGUUCAUGACAAAUAA